AUGGACAUCAUCAAAGAUCUCAAAGAUACACUCCUCAUCUGCCUAUCAGGCGGAGCAUACGACUGCGACUUAGGAGAGGAGAUGGCUCAGAUUCAGAAAAUUGCAGACGAUGUCCUCACCGUCCUCCUCGACGCCGAGUCAGUCGAUAUCUACACGAAGAAAGAACUCGACGAGAUAGUCCGCACUGAAGGCUGGAACAGUUGCGUCUCAGAAGCCCUUUUGAGCAGCCUGAUAAAAGUUCUGAAAGCUGGAGCAUCCAUGGGCACGGCUGUAAAAGAAGCCUUCGACAAAGCCACAUACGAAGCGAUGGGCUUUGCUCGCGAGCAUCCGGUGUACUGCGCAGUCAUUGCUCUAGGAAUCAUGGUCAUUCUGACACCGUGGUGCCUGGAGGCGCUAGGUUUUGCGGAGCUGGGGCCGAUCGAGGGGACCUUUGCUGCGCGGUGGCAAUGUAUGUAUGGAGGAUACGUGCCGAAGGGGUCGUUAUUCUCUUACUUCCAGAGACUGGGAAUGGUCUGGAAGCACUAA